AUGGGGUCUUUUGCGUCCAAGGCUGCCCUCGGGGCUACCACCGACGAGCCCACAGAACCCGAGCCGAAACACCUGGCAGAUCUAAUACAAUACGUAAACGAAACAAAUAUGAGUGUUAAACAUCUGGCUGAUGUUCUUUCUGAGAAGGCCAGGAGCAGCAGCUGGGUGGUAGUGUUUAAAGCCCUGGUCACUGUGCAUCACCUCAUGGUUCAUGGAAAUGAGCGUUUUAUCCAGCAUCUUGCAUCUAGAAGCUCUUUGUUCACUUUACACAACUUCCUGGAUAAAAGCGCGCUAGAAGGCUAUGCUAUGUCAACCUUCAUCAGGCGAUAUGGCAGGUACUUGAAUGAGAAGUCACUCGCAUGUAGACUGAUCACAUCUGACAUCACCAAAGCCAGGAGAGGGAUGGAUGGUAUGAUGAGAACUAUGGAUACAAAACAGCUGCUAAACACUCUUCCAGUUAUUCAAAUUCAGUUUGAUGCUCUUCUUAACUUUAAUGCAAAUCCUGACCAGUUAACGAAUGGUAUAAUCCAUGCUGCUUUCAUGCUUCUCUUUAAGGAUUCUCUUCGCCUCUUUGCAGCCUAUAAUGAGGGGAUCCUUAAUCUGCUAGACAAGUAUUUUGAUAUGAGGAAAAGCCAGUGCAAGGAAAGCUUGGAUAUUUGCACCAAGUUCCUUGCAAGAACAACCAGGUUGGCAGAGUUCCUGAAAGUAGCAGAGGAAGUCGGAGUUGACCAGAAAGACAUUCCAUAUCUUACACAGGGCAUGUAG